UCUUCACCUUCACUUGCACGUCGGAUUUAUUUUCACCGGGCACCGCACUAGCUUGUUCUGUAGCUUCUGUAGCUAAUAAUAAUAACAUUGAUGAAUGGCGAUAAGACGAUGUCCCUGAAGGACCAGUCAAACUCCACCGUCUCCAUGAAGCCGGCUGUGGACGAGAUGUUCCCGGAGGGACCGGGACCGUACGGGGACCUGGACCUGGAGGCUGGGGGAAGCACAGGACUGCUGAUGGACCUAGCUGCCAAUGAAAAGGCAGUUCACUCUGACUUCUUCAAUGAUUUUGAGGAUCUGUUUGAUGAUGAUGACAUCCAGUGACAGAGACUAACCCGUCUUCACAGUAAUGAUGGAUGAUAUCCACGCCACUCCACACCUUCCAAGCAAACCAACCAUUUACUGUCUAAUGACAUACAAUUUCCUUUCAUAGUUGUCGUAGUUUCAGGCUUUUUUUAAAACAUCCUUAAAAAGUCGUCACCGGCUCCAGAUGUUGUGAAAUUCUUAAGAUCCCAAGGAUUCCUUCAUAUAUGGUAUGUUCAAAUUAUGAGCUUGUAUCGUGCUCAUGUCUUCGACUGCUUCUAAACUGGAUUGCAGGUUUCGGUGUGCUGGAGAACACCUGUUAGGAGCGUAAUUAUACAUGUGAUGGGCAGAGGCUCCAUAUGCUGUCGCCCUUAAACAUGCUGCAGAUGGCAUAUGAUGAACGAUGGUCUGCUAAAAUGGCUUAAAUUAUUUAUAUGACAGUGUGUGAUAGUCACAUCAUGUUCUGUGUGUUUGAUUUUAUAUCUGCAGUGUGUCCUGUUACGCCAUGAAUUUGCACAUAUGUGUACAGCAAUUAUGCAUCCACACUUUAUUUUUCUGGUCAAAAAUGAAUAAAUAGCAUUUUGUAUAUAUGAAGCC